AUGAAUCAUUUAAUGUAUGAUAAUAUUUUAUUCACGGUCGCCUUAUUUGCAGUUGUGGCUGUCAUACUAGCUAUAGCCAUACAACAACUGUACAAAAAGAAGAGUGCAUACAAUACUUAUCUAUUCUUAGGUUUAUCGGGUUCGGGGAAGACUGCAUUAUAUGCAAAAUUACGAUAUGACCAAGCAGUUGAGACGCAUACAUCGAUGAAAGAAAAUGAAGCUUACGUCAGACUGUUUAUUACGCUAAUUGACGAAACGGAACCGCUACUCAAGACACCGGUUCAUAUAGUCGAUAUACCAGGUCAUGAAAAGCUGAGAUUCAAAUUUACUGAAUUCAUUCCAAUUGCCCGAGGUGUUGUAUUUUUGAUAGACAGCGCUACAAUUGGGAGAAGCGUCAGGCCGGUUGCCGAAUAUCUUUACGAUAUUUUGGCAAAUAAACACGUGAUAAAAAGAAAGAUCCCGGUAUUGAUCGCUUGUAACAAGAAGGAUCUCUUAACAUCAUUGCCUCAUGAGAAGAUUCAGGUGUUACUCGAGGAUGAAAUUGAUCAAUUACGAAUUACACGUACGGCAUCAUUAGAUCAUAGGGAUUCUGGAGACGAAAUAGAGUUCCUUGGUUACGAAAACGAGAAAUUCAAAUUUGAACAUUUAGUAAAUAAAGUAGAGAUUGUAGGCUGCUCUGUUGAUAAGGAUGAAUUUAAUAACAUCAAAGAAUGGAUUACAGAUGUCGAAUCUGGAUAUUAG